UCACAACCCUCCUAAACUCAUUUGCUUAAUCUAUCUGAUUAUCGUCUUACUUUGCGAUAAUUAACUUCCUUGCAUUGUCUAGGAAAAACUUUGUCACACAGAGACAUGGAGUUUUUCCUUAAGGACAUAACUUGGUUUCUUUGUAUCAUGUUACUGUUGCCUGCACUAUGUACCUCUCAAGACGCAUUUGUUUCCUCUAGAGCAACCUACUAUGGUAGCCCAGACUGCUACGGGACCCCAACUGGAGCUUGUGGGUUUGGAGAAUAUGGAAGAAAGAUCAACGACGGUCAAGUAACCGCAGUUUCUGGGCUGUGGAGGAACGGAACUGGCUGUGGUGCAUGCUACCAGGUGAGGUGCAAGGUCCCUCAGCAUUGCAGCAGUGAUGGGGUAACUGCGGCGGUGACUGACUACGGCGAAGGCGACAGAACUGACUUUAUCUUCAGCGCAAGAGCUUAUGCAAAGUUGGCAACCAAUCCAGCUUCGUCUGAGGUAUUAUUUGCUUCCGGUGUCGUUGAAAUCGAAUACAGAAGGAUCCCUUGCAAGUUCUCUGGUAACAACAUUGUGUUUAAAGUCCAUGAACACAGUAAAUAUCCUCAAUACCUUGCCAUAGUCAUUCAGGAUGUUGCUGGGGUAAAUGACAUAACAGCUGUUGAGGUUUGGCAGGAGGAUUGCCAGCAAUGGAGGCCAAUGAGGAGAGCAUAUGGAGCAGUGUGGGACCUUCCAACCCCACCAAUGGGGUCCCUUAGCUUGAGGUUCCAAGUGAGUGGCAGUGCAGAGGUGAAAUGGGUGCAGGCAAACAAAGUCAUCCCUGCUGAUUGGAAGGCUGGGGCUGCCUAUCAGUCGGACAUUCAGCUCAAUUAGGAGGACACUAAUUUAAUUACAUGUUGAUUAAUAUUAUUGCUUUUUAUGUUUAGUUGCUUGGCUUGGAUUUGGUAUAAAAUAAUUAGAAGUAUUAAUUAUUGUAUGAUGCUGGUUAGGAACCAGUGCACUUGGCUUUGAUUUGCCAAGGAUUAGUGGGGUUCUGUACCUUCAGUUGGUGAGGUUAUAUAAUAUGAAUGAAUAAAGUUCCACCUUGUUGGAUACUUUAAGCUUGCUUUAUAAACAAA